AUGACAGUUUAUUCGAUUUUUGUAGUUUUAUUACUGAUUUUUGAUUUUGUGGAGGCGAGACAAUUGACUGAAAGAGAAGCGAAAUUAUUGAAAAACAAUUGUGGAAGAUAUGUUGAAGGUUAGUUUGAACACGAUUUUCCGUAAGGUCCCGGAAUAAAGUUUUCAUGAAGGGCUCUACUCCAACUACAGUAAUCUUCAUAAUUUUGUGUACAUUUCAGGAUACCAAGGAGUCGAUUCAAAAUCCCCAAAAAGUGUACCCGAAUCUGAAGACAAUUACAAAGUUCUUUAUGGAAAAGAGGCUUCUGAAUCACAAGCUCCGUGGGCUGCUUCAAUUGCGAUUCGUUUUCCAAGUGGGAAUAUCAAUCAUACAGCAAGUGGAACUCUUGUUUCACCAUUUCAUAUUGUCACAGCUGCACAUGUUAUUGGAAUUUCAGCGGAUCCUGCGCCAGAUUGUGAAACUGGAGAAAUGUGAGGUUUUUCGAAUUCUCUCUUUGAGUUGUUAGGAUAACCUUCUAUUUAACCCACGUAAUCUUUCCAGGAAAAGUGCAAAAUUUCUGCAUGGCGCUAGAGACUUUGUGGUUUAUCUCAACACAACUUGUGCCGAUGAAAAUGCGUGUAAUACAAAAGAUGGAUUGGUGCCAAGAAGUGUUUCAGAAGUUUUUGUUCGAAAAGGAUAUGUUGGAGAUGGAUGUUUCAAUCGUGAAUCUUUCAACGAUGUUGCGAUUCUCGUUUUAGCUGAGCCAGUUGAAUUCAGCUCGCAUAUUUAUCCGGCUUGUAUUGGAAAAACUGACGCGAGUUUGGAGAAUGAAGAAAUUCGACUUUUUGGAUACGGAAGAGAUCGUAAGGGUUUCAGAAGUUUAUGAGGAUUUUUAAAGUUUUCUAGCAUCCGCCGAAGGCCAAACCAUGGGAAUUCUCAAAUACCAAAACGCAAAAUUCGGAAUCUGCCCAACAACUUUCAAUACAACUGGAUUACUGUGUGUGAAUCCACUGAAACAGGGAUUAGCUUGUGAUGGUGACAGCGGCGCCGGUUACAUUCAUAAACAAAAUGGGCGAAAAGCUGUGGAAUUGGUUGGAGUUUUAUCAGCUGGUGCAAAUUGUGAAUUUGUUCGCAAUAAACAUAUUAAAGAAGAUGCUAGUGAGUUUGAAAAAAUGGAACAAUUCAAAAAUUUGAAUUCUAGAACACAAGAAACGAACUCAAGAAGCUGAUUUUAUUGUGGAUGUUGGAAGACAUAAUGAUUAUUUUUGCGCGUGUUGUGGAUUAUGCUAA